GAUUAAUCCAAUUAGCUAAUGAAGACUUUGUGUACUGUCCCUUUAAGAAUGUAGUCAAAACAAAGCGUGGACCGGCCGCACGGAAGUGGUUCUGUUUCGGUGGCUACCCACAAUAGUAAUAACCAAACGAAGGGAUAGCUAGCUAGCUUGUUAGCUAGCUUCGCAGCCAUGCCGCCCUACUCUGAGCUGAGGAGAACCAACCACUUCUACUACUUCAUCAAAUUUACCCUAAAUAUCUACUCAAUGCUCUUCUCGCUGAUGGGUCUGUGUGUGCUGUGUGUCGGGGUGUAUGCCGAAGUGGAGAGGCAGAAGAAUCGAACCCUGGAGGGCCUUUUCCUGGCUCCUGCUGUGGUGCUCAUCCUGCUGGGCCUGGUGAUGUUUACAGUGUCAGUGGUGGGCAUGGUCGGAUCCCUCCGGGACAACAAGACCCUGCUGCACAUGUUCCUCUGUGUUCUCUGCGUGCUGCUGCUUCUCCAGGCGAUCGCCCUCACCUUGGCUCUCAUCUUUGAAAAGAAGACGUCGGCCUUGUUUCAGAGCAGUAUACGAGAAGGAAUCAAACACUACUACGACGACCUGGACUUCAAAAAUAUCCUGGACUACGUGCAACAAAAGUUUUCAUGUUGUGGAGGGGACGAGUACAAGGACUGGGGUGUCAACCAGUACCAUUUUUGCAAUGGUACUGGUCCACUAGCCUGCGGGGUUCCAUAUACCUGUUGUGUCCGUCGCAAGGUGGGAGAGGUCGUCAACACUCUGUGCGGUUACAAGACUCUGGAAAAAGAGCGUGAAACCCUGCACGAUACGAUCCACGUGCGAGGCUGCAUCCAUGCAGUCAACCUCUGGAUGAGUGACAACAUUGGAAUAACCAUCGCACUCUGCUGCGCCAUCGGGCUGCCUCAGCUGCUGGGCAUCAUCCUGAGCUGCGUCUUCUGGAACCUGCUGGUGGACAUGAGCGAGUCGGCGGACAUGGUGGACUUCAAGCUGAAGAAGGCGGAGGUCGAUUACAGCGAGCUGGACCUGGCCGGCGCCGGCUGGUGUAUGUGCCUGCCGAGGGACGGCGGUUACCUGCCCGUCCCCGCCGCCGAGCCGGAACUGGACCCCAUUGACGUUCACCUGGAGAAGCUGAAGAAGCAGGCGCCUCGCACGCACGCUCAGCUCCGGGAAAUGCAGCAGUCCAGAUCGGCCACGGGCCUGGACGAGGUCGACAUCGGCCGGAAGCAGAAAAGGGAACACUGAGCGGUCUUUGUACCCCUUUCUUGCCUUUUUCUGGGUUUUUGCCUUUUUAUUUCUCUGUCAUUGUAAUCAUUUCAUUUGUUGGAAGUUGUGUUGCACUACGUAACGGUUACUCAAGUCGAAAUUCGGCCAGCUAAAGGGAUCAGAAGUACUUUGGCACUUUGUUGAUGAAUUUGUUUACAACUUAAUAAUCGGAGGAACAACGCGCAACAUUGGCUGGUUUUUUUUUUGGUUUUUGUUGUUUAUUUAUUUUUAUUUUCGUUUUAGGGAAAAAAAUCUUUUGUCUUCUUUGUGAAAGUUGAUGUUGAAGGAUUUCUGGCAUUAUGUCACAUUUUAAUUCAAAUCUUUUUAGCCUUUUGAAAUUGAGCUCUGUCUCAUGUGCUAAAGCUUACCUCAGGCUGUUCUGAGAGCAGCCCAGUAGUCAGAGCACAGUACUAUGUGGUGUAUAAAUUAAAUGGUAGCUUGAAAUCGGCAUUUUUUUUUUCAGUGUCGGAGAAAAAUAGGAAUAGCCAAGUAUGUCUUGCGUGUUAGCGUCAGUGACAGAUGUAUAAAGUUUGUGUGUUAUUUUGUUUUUAUGAUUUUUAUUGGUUGUGUGCAAUCGAUGUACAUCGUAAGACUGAUAGUUGUGGAUUAACAUGGGAUGCAUGUUUUGUACUGUAUAUGAAGUAAAAGUUUAAAAAACACAAAACGAACAAAAAAAAACAACAACAACAACAACAACUGGGUUUACAUGUUCGCUCUCAUCAGGGGGGCUUGAGUCUGCUCCAUUUUUAACUAAACUUUUUAUUCCAUCUUUUCAAAAGGAAAAACUUAAAGGGUUAUCCAAAAUACAAAUCCAGUAGGAAAAAAAAACUACUCUAUUACGGUUUUUUGUAUCUGAGUUAUGCACUGUUUUGAGCUUCCCCCUAGCUCCUGCCUUGUAUCAAUCAACACUACUGUACUUGUUAAUAAAGCUGAAUUUGUCUACUGA